UUGCUGGUUCAAAUUAAGAACAUUUAAAAAAUGUUAUGAUUUGUUUAUACCGACAAUCGUAGAGACAUUUUUGUUCCUUUACAAAUUUAAUUAUAGAUCAAACCACUUUAUAAUACUACAUUUAAGGAUUUUAAUAUACUUGAGAUACCUUUAUAAAACCCUUAAAUGAUAACAGCCGUGAAGAAGAAUAGUGACUCAAAUCGUGAUCGGAGAGCGUCGGGUCGGCAGUGUCACUCCGACUAUACUCGAACGCGGGUCGACCCUCGGCGCAGGCAUAACGCACUCUGCCGAAACAUUUCAAAAGUUAUUUAAAAAAUAAAUCUGUCAGUGACUAAAAUGGUGUCCGAUUAUUUUACGUAAAUAUGACGUAAAAUAAUGUCAAAACUAUUUGUGAUUUUUUUGCAAUUGUUUUAAAGUGUAUUUUUUUAUUUAUUUAUUUAAAUUUAACUAAGUAUUAGUCCCAUAGUAAAUGAUAAAUUCUCUAAAUAUUAUACUUUUAGAAAAAUAAAUAUAUUGAGAGCGUUUCUUUCUAAAAAGUUUGUUUUAGAAGUAGUGAAACAAAUACUUAAGUGAAUGUGAAAUGAACUAGGAAAUUGGAGGAUAAUUUUACUUCAACUUUGAUUGCAGUGCCAGAUACCAACCUCAUUGUUUAAAGAAAACUAUCAAAGGGUCCGGUCCCAUGCUACCAUGCUAGACGAUCUCGUGCCGACGAUAGCGGCCAACAGAACCACCGCUCCUGGUGCUGACCACGGCUUCUUCGUCACCUUCUACGAUGAGGUCAACAACAGAUACGUUAACAACUCACAGAAUUUUACAGAGGCUUACCAGUCCUUCAUCCUACCAUGGUGGCGGCAAGUGCUGUGGACGGUGCUGUUCGCCGGCAUGGUGGUCGUGGCCACCGUCGGGAACCUCGUCGUCAUAUGGAUAGUGAUGGCCAACAAGCGGAUGAGGAGCGUCACCAAUUACUUCUUAGUGAACCUAUCGGUAGCAGACGCGAUGGUGUCGACCUUGAACGUGACCUUCAACUUCACCUACAUGCUGAACUCUGAUUGGCCAUUCGGACACUUCUACUGCAAGUUCUGCCAGUUCAUAGCAGUGCUUAGCAUUUCGGCAUCCGUGUUCACAUUACUGGCAAUAAGCGUGGACAGAUACGUGGCCAUAAUGAGUCCGCUACGACCUCGGCUGGGCAAACGCGCGACGCUGGGCAUCACCGCCGCCAUCUGGGUGUGGAGCUCCAUCCUCAGCACUCCCAACCUGGUCUACUUCACUACGGAUAUGGACUACUUGCCAGACGGAACGAUAAGACGGGUGUGCUUCCCGGAAUGGCCUGAUGGCAUUACUACCAUGUCACAGCUGGAAUAUUGGUACAACGUGGCAUUUAUGGUGCUAACAUACUUCCUACCCAUCAUGUCCAUGACGUACACUUACUCGAGGGUCGGCGUUGAGCUCUGGGGCUCGCAGUCAAUCGGAGAGUGUACUCAAAGACAACUGGACAAUGUUAAAAGCAAACGAAGGGUAGUGAAGAUGAUGAUAGUAGUUGUAGUAAUUUUCGCUGUCUGCUGGCUGCCGUUCCACGUAUAUUUCUUGGUGACAUCAUACUACCCGGACGUUGUCAACUACACGCACAUUCAAGAGAUUUACCUGGGCAUAUACUGGCUGGCCAUGAGCAAUUCCAUGUAUAAUCCCAUUAUUUACUGUUGGAUGAACUCCAAAUUCCGAAGAGGAUUUAAGCAAUUUUUCUGGUGUUGUGGUGCCUUCGGCGGAGGUGGCUUGGACCGGCGCCGAGCUUUCGGUACGGAUCGGAUGGAUCGCUCAGUCCGCUCCCUGUCACCUAGCAGGAAGAAUGGUACCAGCACGAUUCGUAUUUCGAUGCAUAGCACUUACAACCAGACGCUGGUGAGCGCGGCCUGACAGCGGCGCGGCGCGUCCGGGCCGCACGGCGACUGCGGCGCGAGUGACGCGCCUCACGGGCCGCACGCGCCGCACGCACCGCACGCCACCGAGCGCACGUGGAUAUGACGCGAGCGCCGCCCGCGCACGCCCCGCACCCCUCAGGACCUCUACGCCUGAACAGUUAACACUACACGACGGUGUGCGCGGCCUUUAUACCACCACUAUAGAAACUAUGUAACUAUAUACCUAUGUAUGUACUUGCACGUUCUAAACGUACGCAAAUACUUUUGUAUAUAAGUCAGUCAUUUUAAGUGGCGAACUAGUCAUAACUAAGCCUGUCCUUAAAACGUUUGGCAUAUUUAUUAUGUUACUUUCAAUACCCCGUACAUAUUCAGUUUUUUUUUUUGCAUUUACCAUGAUCUGAUUAAGAUCGAAUAGUUUUAUAAAGUGACCAAUGAGAGUAUAAACCAAAAUAUUUAAUUACAAGUUGGCUGAAAUCACUGGCGUGAAAUCGGACAAUAUUUUCACACGCCAAUGACUACAGCAAGCAAUCACUCUGAAAUAUUUUACGUUAUCACACUUUGGUACAUUAAAAUUGUACUAAAAGUAUUUUUGUAAUUUUUCAUGUUUUAAAAAUAAAGAAGUUAUCCCAGUAAUUAGCCAGUAAAACCUAUUCUAAUUAAGGAGUUAAAAGAUCGAGCUUUUUCUAACAAGUUUCCUGUGAAUAGACCGACCCAAGCAUUUUUAUUUACUUUUGUACAUUUUUACUAUAAUAAUAUUAAGCGUUGUGCUAAUUAUUCGCAACAAAGACGUAGUUACCAUAAUUAUCUAAAUGCGCUGUAUAAAGUAAGAGAGAUAUGUUUCGUUUCGUAAAACAAAUGCACCAGAAUAAAUUAACUACUUAAACUGGAGUUGAUAAGUGACUUUCUUCGAAUUUAUGCUGUACUUGAUAAAAUCUAUACCUAUCAAUUAUGAUUUUAACUACCAACUAUUUUGUUGCAAUGAAAGAUGUAUCGAAAACUUCGGUUCUUGCUAUAAGCUUUGACUUUUAAGUGUAUGGCUUAAACAAUUUAAUUGUUAAAUGAAUGUAAAUUUAAUAGAUAGUUUAUGAAA